AUGUUGCGUUUUACUCGCUGCAGUCUCACUGGACGUGCGAUGAUCUCUCGUGGAAGUCCGGAGUGGUCACAUCGUCUGGACCUUAAAAAGGGGAAAAAAACGAUACUAAUGCACAAGCUUGGCACAAGCAAGCCCAACAAUGCACUUCAGUACGCGCAGAUGACACUGCAUGACUUAACAGAAUGGUGCCUCACGUAUUCGCUGUGGCCGCUGACUUUUGGUCUGGCGUGCUGCGCAGUGGAGAUGAUGCACGCGUAUGCUGCUCGUUACGACUUGGAUCGCUUUGGCAUCGUUCCGCGUCCCACACCUCGUCAGGCGGAAAUUAUUAUCGUCUCCGGCACUGUGACUAACAAGAUGGCGCCACUCCUUCGGAAUAUUUAUGUUCAGAUGGUAAAUCCAAAGUGGGUUAUCUCAAUGGGAAGUUGCGCCAAUGGUGGCGGUUACUAUCAUUUUUCAUACGCCGUGUUACGUGGGUGCGAACGGGCCAUUCCUGUAGAUUUUUGGAUCCCCGGCUGCCCGCCUUCCGCAGAGAGUCUUGUUUUUUGUCUACACACAUUGCAGAAGAAGAUCCGCUGGCAUGAGAUACAAAAGUACUCCGUCCGCGGCUAA